GAGACAUCUGCUGACAAGAACGAGUAUAAUUCCGUACAACACGUGCUACCAAUGUUUACCAGCAUAGGUACUAUUAAUCGGAACGUGCUCGAUAAAUAAUCUUAUUAUCUACAUUUUUAUAACAUUUUUCCAUCACUUAUCAUGUUUUAUAUUGAUCUGAGAAUCAUGCAGGUCCUGGGUGAUACAGGUGAACCGUGGAGUCUAUUAAAAAUAAGUUAAUGUAGACAAUCCGUGGGUAAAGAAGUCAAUGUUUUAUUAUGUACCUUGUGUAUGUUGGUAAUACUUGUGGAUUGUGUGGUGUGGAAGUCUACGUUCACGUGAGGUGAGAUGGAGAACAGUGAAGAUAUUGAAAUGACAGAUCAUUUAAAUUCUGAUAAUGAAGAUGAAAAGAAACAUGGCAUUUAUUUACCUGGACAGCCUCUCAAAGAAGACGAAGAACUUGUGUGUGAUGAAUCUGCUUAUGUGAUGCUUCAUGAAGUCCAUGCUGGAUCACCUUGUCUUAGUUUCGAUAUUAUUCAUGACAGUCUUGGCGAUAAAAGAGAACUGCAUCCGUUGUGUGCCUAUAUUGUGGCUGGAACUCAGGCGGCACGAACUCAUACAAAUAAUGUAUUAGUGAUGAAGAUGUCAAAUAUGCAUAAGAUACAAAAAAAUGAACAUGAUGAAGAUGACAGUGAUGAUGAUGAUGAAGAUGAAGAUGAAAGUAAAAUUGCACAUCUUGAAUGUGCUCGAAUUAAGCACCAAGGCUGUGUAAAUAGGAUACGUGCCAUAAAUUACAACAGUACUGUUUUGGCAGCUUCAUUGUCUGAAUUGGGGCGAGUGCACAUUUGGAAUUUGACAGAACCUUUGCAUGCUGUGAAUGAUAAGGAGGCCAUGGUUCGUUAUAAAAAUGGUGCAGCACCAGUUCCACUUUUUACAUUUUCUGGCCAUCAAGCAGAAGGAUUUGGAGUGGAUUGGUGUCCUACUAUGGCAGGAGUGCUUGCUACUGGAGACUGCAAACGUAACAUCCAUGUAUGGAAUCCUGCAGAUGGAGGAAGCUGGCAUGUUGAUCAGAGACCAUUAGUAGGACAUACUGACUCAGUUGAAGACUUGCAAUGGUCACCAAAUGAAAGAAGUGUUUUGGCAUCAUGUUCUGUUGAUAAGAGCGUUCGUAUUUGGGAUACUCGUGCAGCACCUAGCAAAGCUUGCAUGCUGACUGCACAUUCUGCUCAUGAAAGUGAUGUUAAUGUCAUCAGUUGGAACAGGAAUGAGCCUUUUAUAGCCUCAGGAGGUGAUGACGGAAUGCUACAUAUAUGGGACUUGAGGCAGUUUCAGAGUGGGUCUCCUGUAGCUACAUUUAAACACCAUACCCAGCCAGUGACCACAGUUCAGUGGCAUCCAUCUGAAGCCACUGUGUUUGCCUCUGGAGGUUCUGAUGAUCAGAUUGCAUUAUGGGACCUUGCUCUUGAAAGAGAUGCUGAGGAUUGUAAAGAUGAUAUCAAAGAUUUGCCACCACAACUACUCUUCAUCCAUCAAGGUCAAACAGACGUCAAAGAGUUACGCUGGCAUCCACAACUUCCAGGAGUCAUCAUCAGUACAGCAUUGAGUGGGUUUAAUGUUUUUAGAACAAUCAGUGUAUGAAUGAGGUAUAAAAUAGUUGUGUAAAUAGCUA